AUGCCACCACCACCCCCACCACCCCCACCACCGCCACCAGGAGGAGGACCACCAGCUCCUGGGAAACUGCCUCCGGUUUCAAAUGAUAGAAGCGCACUUCUCUCGCAAAUUCAGUCUGGCAAACGUCUCAAAAAGGCUGUCACUAACGACCGUUCUGCACCAAUCGUCGAGACACCAAAGUCAUCGAUAGGCAGCGGAGGAGGAACGUUACCACGACCACCACCAAUUGGAGGCGCAGGAGGUGGAGGCGCACCUCAAUUAGGUGGGCUGUUUGCUGGAGGAAUGCCUAAACUUAAGAGUCGAAGCGGUGGACUGGAUACUGGAGCUACCGUCAAAUCUGCUUCUUAUUGCUUCGUAGCCGACCACAGCGCAAACAAUAACACCACCAAUGGGACUCCAGCUAGAGGGCUACCGAAACCACCGACUAUCAACGCUUCUGCCCGGUCUACGCCUCCAGUACCUGCUGCAACACCGCCUAGCGUGCCAGGACGAACCCCACCGCCAGUGCGCCACACACCCUCAACACCAUCCGCAACAGCAACUCCUCCUAGCCUACCGAAUCGUAGCUCUGCUCUACCGCACGUCAACGGAGCAAAUGGGUCCCCUGCUCGACCCCCAGGGCGCCCUGUGCCUGGGGCCCCCAACUCCUCGCGUUCUCCUGCUCCACCCACACCAGCACGUAAACCAGGACCACCACCACCACCUCGGACGAAUGGAGCAGCGACUGCACCACCAGCGACACCAGUAACACCAUCAAGAUCAACUCCUGCGCCCCCAGGCCGUGCCCCUCCUCAACAACCUACUCGCUCUACACCUGGCCCACCCUCGUUGUCAACGCCCAAUAAGUUACGUCCAUCGCCUAGUGCACCCGCAACGCCACCUGUUCCACCAGGGUCGGGUCAUAGGGCCAGAUCAGGCUCUGCACCAACCAAGCCAGAUUUUCGACCCGCCUCCCCUGUGACUCCCUCAUUUAAGCAACCAGAGCCACUAGCAACAGAAGGACGAUGGACAUUUAGAACUACAGGAGAUUUCCCUGCACCCAGGACGAAUUAUGAUCAUGGAUCAAAAGUGUACCCCAGUGGGAAUUCAACAGGAAGCUCAAUCCCUCUGGAUUUUUCAUCAUUAUCAGGGGGAAGAAACCCGCCUCCACCGCCAAUUGGAGGAGCAGGUCGUUAUCGUUAA